AGGCUAUUCCAAACGCAGGUUGCGUUAGAAACGUAGCUCUUAUUGUGUGUAACCAAUUGAAAUACAUUUAAAGGGUCACAUGAUUCCCCAAAAACUCUCCCUUGUUCUGUCACUGCUUUGAAAUGGUUAUACUAAAAGGAAUCCCGUCCAUACUUACGCCUGAAUUAUUGUAUGUUUUGGCGCAAAUGGGCCAUGGAGAUGAACUUGUUCUUGCAGACGCAAAUUUUCCAACCUCAUCUAUUUGUAAAUGUGGUCCAGUGGAGAUAAGAGCGGAUGGUGUAGGUAUACCAGAACUUCUGAAGGCAAUACUGAAGCUUUUUCCUCUUGAUACCUAUGAGGAUUCGGCAGCUGUCAUGGACCUUGUGCAGAGUGACAAAUUAAAGGGGCUGAAAGUGCCGGUAUGGGACCAGUACUCUGACCUCCUGAAACAAGGAGGAUCAGAUGGUAACUUCAAGUUUGUUGAGCGUUUUGCAUUUUAUGAGCGUGCUAAGAAGGCAUUUGCUGUAGUGGCAACUGGGGAGACUGCACUGUAUGGAAAUCUCAUAAUCAAGAAAGGUGUCAUUCCGCCUGGUGAACAACGCUGAAAGAAGGCUGCUUGGUACAGUUUAGUAGAGUUAUUACACCAAAAUUCCUAUAGAUAAGGCAUAUACAAAAUAGCUUUAUAAAAGAAAGAUUGUAUAUAUAAAAAUAUUUGUUAUUAAUUUAAUGCCAUCCGUUUAGAUUUUGAUUACAAAAAUUAGUUCAUAAUUUUUCAAAAAGUUCAAAGAAUUUUCUGUUCAUAUUUUCUGUAGUGUGAUGCAAAAUAAGUAAUAAGACAAUUUCUCUAAUAAAUAGAUUAGAGAAAAUCAUACAAUAAAAUACAAUUUGAAAAUGCAUUUCAACUGUAUCAAAUGUAUUUUCGUUUUUUUUUUUUAAUGAAAGCUUUGUGAAAUGAAAGUCAGCUCUGUUUAACAUUUAAACAUUUGAUCUUAAAGUUCAAAUAUACCUGGUCAAAUGUAGCUUUUCCUGGGCAACAGGUGUGAAGCUCAAUCCCCACCUGCAGCAUUUCAUUUUGUUGCCCACUGUUCCUUGAAUUAACAGCUGAACUGAGCUCUGUGAAUGUUCUCUCGUUAGGAAUAUGGAAAUGUAAAAUGUUUGCUUUUCUUAUACUUUG